AUGGCAGAGGGAAACCACACCACCGUGACUGAGUUCAUUUUUGCAGCAUUCACGGAUCAUCCAGAUCUGCAAAUCCCUCUCUUUUUGUUGUUCCUAGCGAUGUAUGUGGUCAGCCUGCUGGGGAAUCUCGGGAUGAUUGCGUUAAUCGUGCUGGAAACCCGACUCCACACCUCCAUGUACUUUUUCCUAAGUCAGAUGUCCAUGGUAGAUCUUGGCUAUUCCACAGCCAUAGCUCCUAGGCUGCUCAUGACCUUUGUGGCAGACGCUAGAGCCAUUCCUUUGACAGAAUGUGCAGCCCAGCUGUUCUUCGUCUGUUUCUUUGUGACUGACGAGUGUUGCCUGCUGGCUGUGAUAGCAUAUGACCGUUUCCAGGCUAUCUGUAACCCACUGCUCUACAGAGCCAUUAUGUCCAAGAGACAGUGCGUGUUCAUUGUGGCUGGGACCUGCACAUGUGGCUUAGUGAAUUCCAUUGUGCAAACCCUAUUUAUAUUCAGCCUGUCCUUCUGCAGCUCCCCUGUGAUCAAUCAUUUCUUCUGUGAUGUGCCGCCCAUGCUGAAGCUGUCCUGCUCUGACACGCAUGUCACCGACCUUGUGCUUUUCACGUUCUCUACCGUGAUUGUCACGACUACGUUCCUGGGUGUCCUCGUGUCCUACUUGUGCAUCCUUGUGGUCAUUAUCCAGAUCCGUUCUGUCAAGGGCAGGCGCAAAACCUUCUCCACCUGCACCGCCCACCUGACGGUGGUCACUAUGUUUUAUGGGACGCUGAUAUGUAUAUAUUUAAGGCCCAGUUCCCAUUAUGUAACUGGCCAAGUCAAGGUCACCUCUGUGUUUUACGCCCUUGUGAUCCCCAUGCUGAACCCCCUGAUCUAUAGCCUGAGGAACCAGGAGGUGAAAGAGGCCUUUAAAAGGAUGAUCUACAGGAAAUUCUUUUCUGGGUAAUUACAAUUGUU